AAUUCCAAAUAAAUUCUAUACCUACAUUAAUCGCAACUCGUUCGUAUACAAUAGUUCGCAGUUUUCUAUCGACGAUCGACACGCUGCGAGAUCAUUUUCCUAUAUUUAUUAUAAAAUCGAUGAUAGAAUAUUGUACAUGAAUAAUAAAUUUACAUGUGAGAUAAGAAAAUCAAACGAGCGUUUCAAAAUCUAUUGAUCCCUUCACAAGGGCUGUGAUUAAUUUUUUUGUUUUACACCAUAUCGCCGUCUAUAAGUGAUAAUUGUUUUAUUUUAUUGUUUGGGUUUUUUUUUUGCGAUUUUAUAAGAGCCUUUUUGAUAAGAAAGUGAUAACCUAUAAGUUAGUGGUGGAAUUUAUUAUUGUGAAAGUGAUCAUCAAGCGGUCUUGAACUUUCAAGAGUUUAAUACUAAAUUGACACUUUUAAAGGAUCAGGAAAUAUUUAUACAAAAUGUCUGAAUCAGGAAUCGAGAUGGCUAUGUCAAGGAAGGAGCGAGAAGAGAAAGAAAAAGCCGACUACGAAGCCCGCAUCACAGACCCCGUUGCCGGAUCGAUAGGUGACUUGGGUCCAUGGCAAAUUUGGAUAUGUAUGGUGAUUUUCAUGAUGAAAUUCCCAGUUGGUUGGCAUCAACUGGCCACAGUUUUCCUAGCUCCACCAGUUAGCUUUGAAUGUGCUGUACCAAAUAAUCUAACCGACAAAUGUUCCGAUGAAUGUACCGAACUGGUAUACGACCGUAGUAUCUUCAAAGAAACCAUUGUCACAGAAUGGAAUUUAGUGUGUAGUAAACGCUACCUAGCCAGUAUUGUACAAACACUAUUUAUGUUUGGUAUUUUAGUUGGAAAUAUUAUAUUUGGAAUAUGGUCUGAUAAAGUUGGUCGACGUCCACCUUUGGUAUGCUCGGUAUUGAUGCAGUUAGUUUGUGGAGUUCUUGAUGCUUUCGUACCAUGGUUUUGGGUAUUUUGUACCUUCAGAUUCUUACUUGGACUUGCAACUGGAGGAAGCAUGAUAACAAGCUUCGUUCUCGUCAUGGAAAUUACUGGCACUAAGAAACGUGAAAUCAUGUCAAUUCUCUAUCAGAUUCCAUUCAACCUGGGACACAUGACCCUACCUGUGUUUGCAUAUUUCCUCCGUGAUUGGAGAUGGUACCAGUUUGCAAUGUCAAUUAUUUCAGUGAUAUUCAUCUCCUACUACUGGCUUAUUCCAGAAUCUCCCCGAUGGCUAAUGUCAGAUGGACAACUUGAUAAGGCUACAAAAGUUCUAGAAAAAGCUGCCAUUACAAAUAACCUUCCCAUUCACAAUAUUCGCAGUGAUUUGGAAGAAUGGUCUCGCCGUAAAACGACCAAGAAAGAAGUGAAGAAGGGAACUUUCAUCGAUCUGUUCCGUUUUCCAAAUCUCCGAAUCAAGACCAUUUGUAUAACGAUAAAUUGGUUUGUUUGUGGUUUGACAUAUUUCGGAGUGUCACAGUAUGUUGGUGAACUAAGUGGAGAUAUCUUCACAAACGUUGCUAUCGCUGGAACUCUGGGUAUUCCUGGAACAUUGAUUUCGAUUCUUACUGGAAAAUACUGGGGUCGUAGAAUCUCGUUGAUGGUUUCGAACACUCUUGCAGGAUGUUGUAUGUUGGCGAUAGCCUUUGUCCCUCCUAGCAGUGCCUUCUUGAAAGUGGUCCUCGCAUCGAUUGGUGUCUUCGGAAUGGCUGUUUCUUUCCCAAUUGUCUAUCUUUAUGGUGGUGAAAUGUUCCCCACUGUUGUGAGAAAUGCUGGUAUGGGCUUUGCAUCGAUGUUGGCUCGAAUUGGUUCAAUGUCAGCUCCAUUUGUAUCACAGACUGCAUCUGUUGCACAUUGGAUACCACCAGUUAUCUUUGGUAUUGUUCCAUUGAUUGGAGCUGUUUUAGUGAUAUUUUUGCCAGAAACUAAAGGCGCCCCUCUGCCGGAAACUAUCGAAGAUGGAGAGAAUUUUGGAAAGAAGAAAAACAAGGCUGAAAAUGAAAAAGAUGCAAAAUGAGA